CGGAGCAAACGCGAGGGGCCCUGAGGAAGGGUCUGGAAAGGGGGGGGGGGUGUGUUCGACCCCCACACAAAGAAGUGGGGGGGUCACACGGAGAAAGCCUUACCAACGACUCCCAAAUGCAAAUCGUCUGAAGAGACCAAACAAACAAACAAACAACCCCGUGCAUUUGUCUAAGAAAGUGAAAAGCUGGUGGGCAAAAAUAUGUAUGUUGAAGUUAGAGACAAACGAGAAAGUGGGAGACGAGACUUUCCCGCCUGGGACACACGAAAGACCCGGGGCUAACUUCCCCAAUAAACGAAGAACUCUUGGAAACCGAUAGCGUACAGACCAAACCGCGCCUGGAAAAUGGGCAGAAAGGGAGGACACGGGCGAUUCACAGAAAAGCACAAAUGGCUGACGGACCUGCGGGACAGAACUCAUGACCCGACUGCCAAAGACCGAAAACCCGAGCGCGCGCACUCGCGCGGUGCAGCCGCCGCGCCGCCGCCGCCGGCCCGGGCCACCGCCGUGCAGCCCGGCCGCUGCCGUGCGGGGCGCCCCGCCGCCUGAGGACCUGGGUGCGGCGGGCAACGCGGGCCGCGGGACGGACGACCCCCGAGGACUCGGCCGGCAGUCACACCGGCGGUCCGGCCGAAGCGUGCAGACCCGACCGGGCAUCUUCCCCACCCAGGGACUGAACGCGCGACUCCUGCGUUGGCACCCUGAGCCACCUGGGAAGCUCUUAAAAGGGCAUGCUGCCCCCAAAGUUGGGAGUUCCUGUCACCCUGGCAUGCAGGAGACGAGCUUCCACGAGCUUUUGCUGGAAGAUGUUGACAUGCUGCAGCCGCAGAUUCCAGACUCCAAAUAAAUCUUCAGUUGUCCGAUAAUCGUCUCCCCGCCAGCUUCUUCCCACCAAGCGCUGUUCCGUGGGGCCAGCUGAAAUGCAGACUCUACAGGAAGGAUGAUGGGCGAUCAGAGCUAAUGAGACGAUGGAAAUUCUGUGAUAAUCACUUCAUGAUGUCUGUGAGUCAAACCAUGACACUGUGCGCCUUACACCUACAUGCUGGAUGUCAGAGAUAUCUCCGUGAAACUGGAAGAAAAAAAAUGAGAAGAGUCCUCCGUGGCGUAAGUGGGGACAGGGCCUAGAGAGAAGACUCCUUUCGUUGUCCACAAAGACGUGGGUUUUGACAUCUGUAAAGGUGGAAUUCUGUCCAGUCACACAUAUGGUGUGGAACACAGUGGAAUUCAAGAGCGAGGUCUGGGCUGGGAUGGAGACGUGGGGGCUGAGCAAAGCCGAGGAGAGGAUAAUGUGGUAUGGGGAGAGGAGAGAGGGGGGGAGUAAAAUAAACAUUCAUUAAAAUGUUUUAAAUGAAA